GUAAUAAGUGUCGUGAACUUUCUUUUGAUUUCAUUGUUUUGCUUGCUACAAUUUCAGGAAGCAGCACUUGGUUGCAAACCCGAUUUCAGUGGCAACAAAAAUAAAUGCUACCACACAAUCGACAAGAUCAACACGAAUGAUGAUAUGUGCGUGCCGUUCACCGGAACAGAAGCUUGGACUAGCUCCAUGGGUUACAAAAUGGCCUCUUUGGGCUCAUUGGAAUUCACUAAUUUCCGAUUUGUGGGCGUGUAA